AUGGCUGACGAACUUCGUGCUGUCAGGGUAGCAUUAGGUUCCCCAGUUCUCAUUGGUGUGGGUCAUGGGUGUUCGGCGUUGGGGGUGCUAGGGUCCGUGGGCAUCUCGGGGAGAUUGUUGAUGCGUGGUCUGUCAGGUCCGUCAUACGCAGUGCACGGGGACUGGUGA